GAAAUUAGGGUUUCCCUGGCAGGAAUGUCAGACUCUGAGAAGGAGGCCGCCGGCAAAGCCCACCUGGGAAGCAACAAUCGGUGGUCCGACCUGGAGGAGGAGGAGGAGGGUGAGGCGAACGACCAGGGAGGGAUCCAGAACUUGAGGCCGGAACUCGUUGUGCCCAGAACCACAGCUGCAUCGGAUGUUGAGGAGAAUUUACCAUUGGGUUCUCCGAGUGAUGGGUCCAAACGCGCUACGAGUAGAAACCGCAGACUGGAAUACUUUCGCAGUGGAGCCGAUGCCGAUUGCCAGGUGCACGUCCUGAGCAACUGCCCCCAAUCCGAUGAGCCGGCGGUCAGUGUGUGCUACAAGAAAUUUGGCUGCCAUCGGAUCUUCCUGGCCACUGCCUCCGACAAACUGGAGCAGGACGUGUACCAGAACAAGGACUGGAACGGCGUACUCCAGAUCAAUGGGGUUUCGCCCGAGAGCGUGGAGAUCUUCCUGGAGUUCAUAUACACCUUCGAGGUGACCUCGCCGCUGGUCCAGCUGAAGCUGGUGGGGGAUAUGUUCAUCCUGUCCUGCGCGUACAACAUGCCGGAGCUCCUUCGCUCCUUUGCUGAGAAACUAAAGGAGCAGGAAUUGCCUCUGGAUGGCAUCUUUCCUGCCUUCGACCUAGCAUUCCGGCAUAACAUCAUCGAUGUGGAGCGCGUUUGCAUCGAGAAAAUCAUAGAGGAAGGCGCAUCAUUGAUCCACGAACCCAGUUUAAUGAAACUCCCGGUCUAUGCUCUAAACUACGCCAUCCAGCACUGGCUGGUGGCGGAUGCAGUGCCUCCCGAUGAACUCAUCACGAUUUUAAAGCAGUAUCAGGAGAUCAAUGAGAUUACAUUCGCCAACACGCAAAAAUUCCCGCACUUCACCAAAAUUAUCAAGUAUUUCCCCAAUGUUCUUCUGGACGCCGAGGGAUUCAUCAAUCAAAACUAGAAAACUACUUGGAAUUCCCAAAAGCUUCGCGCAUAAAACCC